GGAGAAUUUAACAUAACAUCAACUACGAUUUUCUAGGUAGAGUCUCCCCAGCACUCGGUCAGUGGACGCAGAAGCUUCCAGUUCAGAAUCCUGACAAAAUGGCAAGCAAGCUGACCCCGGAGCAGAUCACUGAGUAUAAGGGCGUGUUUGAAAUGUUUGAUGAAGAGGGGAAUGGAGACGUGAAGACGCAGGAGCUGGAGAGGCUGAUGAGUUUGAUGGGAAUCAACCCAACAAAGAGAGAGCUGAGCAAGAUGGCCAAGGACGUUGACAAAGAUGGUAAAGGCACCUUCAACUGCGACAGCUUCCUGGGCCUCAUGGCGCUUUACCAUGAAAGAACUAAAAACCAAGAUGCAGAGCUACGAGCCGCCUUUAAAGUGUUCGAUAAGGAGGCCAAGGGCUACAUCGAGUGGAAUACACUGAAGUAUGUGUUGAUGAAUGCUGGUGAGCCUCUGAAUGAGGAAGAGGCAGAGCAGAUGAUGAAGGAGGCUGACAAAGACAGAGAUGGAACGAUUGAUUACGAAGAAUUUGUUGCCAUGAUGACCGGAGACUCAUUCAAGAUGAGUUAAGAUGGAAAUCAAACCUUAGGAUGGCCAACGAAACAUGACACUGAGCGUAAACCACUGGAAAUCAAUGCGUGCACUCUCACUACUUCACAGCAGCCGAAGUAACUUCACCUGAAAUAAAAAUAUGUCUUGUUUUACAAUUAGAUAUAUUGAUAGAAAUACUGUGGGUUGGUAAUGACAUAUUAAUUACAUAGUUAUAACCAAAACCUUGGCUUAUAGGUGCAAGAAUGUGUUCUUUUAUGGAUAUGAUAACAUCCAUGAAAUGUUCUCUGUUAUUUAAUGGAUAUGCAAAGUAAAUAAAACAUCUGAAAGGAA